ACACGAUCCUAACUCCAUCCGGUCUUCCGCUCCGACUCCAAGCCAUCCAGAACCGAUAAAAGCUACCCUUCUUAUCUCCUUCUUCAACGAAAAUGUCCCUCACUUCCUCACUCCACUCCCUCAAGCUAUCAACGCCAUUCCUCCAUGGCACCACUUCCCUCUCCCUUCUCUCGAAGCCCUCUUCAUCUCUCUCCCCGCAACUCCCCAAAAGCCCCAAUUUCCUCUCGCCGAUCAGGGCCUUGAAAACAAUUCAGGGCCGCGUGGUCUGCUCCACCAACGACAAGACGGUGUCCGUUGAGGUGGUGCGGUUGGCCCCGCAUCCUAAGUACAAGAGGCGCGUUAGGAAGAAGAAGAAGUUCCAGGCUCAUGACCCGGAUAACGUUUUCAAGGUGGGUGAUUUCGUCCAGCUUGAAAAGUGCAAGCCUAUUAGCAAGACCAAGACUUUCCUGGCGGUUCCUGUUCCGAGCAGGAAUGUGAGGAAGAAGAAGGCUGAGGAGGGCGGGGAGCUUGGCAUUACGUUGGAGUCUCAACAGCAGCAAGAGCAGCAGGCUUAGUGGGAUCUUCAUUUUGGUAAUUUAUGAUAUUUUGGAAUUGUUUUUAGUGUUUUCUUGUAAUCUUAUGUUCUGAUACUGCUUUUGAAUGCAAUUGUUGUUUAUGGGUAUGAAUAAUGAAAUUGACUGUCUUUA